CGUCUUCCGUCCCGACGUCUCUUGAUCGGCUUUCGCUCCAAAAUACUGCCAUCCAGUUUCCAUUCAGCUCUGCGCUCUUUUGACUCUCCCAUGGGCUGCCGAACUUGGUCGAGUUCGCAGGCAACCCAGGGCCCUCAAGGAUAAGGAUGAUCCUUCGGCCGGCCAGGCAUCACCAAUUGGUGCUGAACUCUCUCAAUUCCGGCUCUGUCUGCUCCAAAUGCCUGUUCAACUUAAACACAACUCGUCCCUCUUCGCGAUUAAGCACCCGCUCAUUCUCCGCCCUACAACCUCGAUAUUCCAGCUUCUUCACUUCGCGUGCUAUUUCGUUCAGGUCUGCUGAAGCCACCGCCCCUACGAGACCUUUGCGAAGAGGAUAUUUCUUGUCCAAUGGCUUUCCCGACAAGAUCGGAACCGCUACCGUUGGGGUUGCCGCGCAAGGUCAAUUCCGCUCGAAGACGACAGAGGGCGGAGCAUCUUCACCAAUAAUAAAUAACCAACAAGCACAAGCAUCUGCAGAGGCUGCAGCGGACGUCAACUCUAAAGCUCACAACACUUCGGAAGAGCUCCCUCACCGACGGCGCAAGCGGCAAAGGCAAUCUGAAGCAGAAAAGAAUGCGUCGACAGAGGACAGCGACACUGCCAUGCCUCUCGAUGCAUCAGCACGCCUCUCGACUCUCUCAUCAACACUCCCUGUCCAUUCUUUUCGGCGUCGGUUCACAACGUACCUGGCACUUUCGAAACCCCGACUGUCUUUUAUGAUUGUUCUUACUACAGCGACCGCAUACAGCCUCUACCCGGUACCGGCCUUGCUUUCACCAGCAACGACUUCAUCCCCAUCAUUAUCAACCCUUACUCUUCUCUUCUUGACGGCUGGCACUGCACUGUCCUGCGCAAGCGCCAAUGCAUUCAACAUGCUCAUGGAGCCCGAGCACGACGCCAAGAUGAGCCGCACGCGAAAUCGGCCGCUGGUCCGUAACCUGAUUCGGCCCCGUGGAGCCUUAAUUUUUGCUGUACUGAGUGGGGUUGUCGGUGUGGGCUCGUUAUAUUAUGGUGUCAACCCUACCGUCGCGUUCCUUAGCGGCCUCAAUAUUUUCAUCUACGCCGGCCUCUAUACGCCGAUGAAGCGGAUCUCGGUAAUAAAUACCUGGGUAGGAGCCAUUGUCGGCGGCAUUCCCCCUUUGAUGGGCUGGGUUGCUGCAGCGGGGGAGAGCGCCUCUGGCAACGGCGACUGGAAGGAGUUGCUCUUUGGCCAAGGUAGUGCAGGAGGUUGGCUCCUUGCGGCAUUGCUCUUCACUUGGCAGUUCCCGCACUUCAACGCCCUCAGCUGGACGAUCCGAGAGGAGUACAAAUUUGCAGGAUAUCGUAUGCUGGCGUUUGUAAACCCGCGCAUGAACGGCCGAGUGGCGUUGCGGUACUCGCUGCUGUUUUUCCCCAUUUGCUACGGGCUCUGGUAUGUCGGUGUUACAGACAAGGGGUUCUUAUUCACUAGCAGCUUAAUCAACGCCUGGUUGGUACGCGAAGCAUGGCGAUUCUGGAGGCUCGAAGGGUACAAGGGCUCUGCACGGGCUCUCUUCUGGGCUAGCGUUUGGCAUCUUCCCGUACUUAUGGUCCUGGCCAUGGCGCAUAAGAAGGGACUUUGGGAACGGGUAUGGAAGAGUGUCACAGGUACUCCGGAUGAAGAGCUCGACGAUGACUGGGACACGGACUCGACAGAAGCCGAGGAGAUCGUCGCCAGCGUAGAAUAAUGAAUUUUUGGAGGGCCGAGCAACUCAGCAUUCUUGUUAAUAUUGUGGCAAUAGCCGGCGCAGCGAAUACAAAGCCAUGCAACUCCACUCCAGCUUCCAUUGCCACCGUCUUUUUCCAGCAAAACUCGUGGGAUGGAUUUGAUAUGCAACCCUCAACCCUAGACUAAUGUCUCAUUGGUCUGGAUUCUGCUUGGAUAUAGCACGGGCAUAUACGUGGCAGACAUAUAUCAAUUGUAUAUAGCUAUUUUCUUUUUCGGCUCCUUUUCGCCUUCUGUUUAAUAGGUAAAAUCAUAAACCUGGAACUGGUUUCAACAGCUC